GUUCUGCAGAAUAAAAGUGGCAUUUUAAUUUUACCUAUUUAAAUGAGAAGUUUCAAAAUAUUUUAUCUAUUUUAUUAAGGUUUCUAUAACAAAAGGAAAAACAUAUCCUGCUACUAAAUCAAUAUGUAUUGUCAUAUUCUCCUGUUUUUCUUUAUUGCUCAAAUAUGCUUAAAUUUUACAACUUCAUCAGCCGGCAGUAUUCCUCCAUUGUCUAACGAUGGAGGUACAUUACAUCUAGGGCGAAAACGGCAAUUUUUCGAACCAUUAGACCCAAAUCUCAUUGGCAAAUUAUUUAAUGCUCCUCGUGAAGACAAUAAUGGUGAUGGCGAAUAUUAUCCAAAUCCACCAGGAAAUGUUAUGCGAUAUGGUAAAAGAGAUAUUUAGGAUCGUGAAUUUAAUGAAUCAAUAAGUCAGAAAUAAAGGUUGUUAUGAAGUUUAUAGAAUGAUUCAUUUGACUGCACGAAAGACAUUUCUGAUUUUGUUUUCUGUCCAAACUCAUUUUUAUUCUGUUGAAAGUGAAGAAAUAAAAUUUAUUUGAUAAAAGUGUUCAUUAUUUUCAG